GUAUCUAUAACGCACUGAUAAACAUUAAAUAAAUAUUUCUCUUGAACACUUUGUAUCGUACAGUAUCUUUUGCUGGCAGGUGAUAUGAUAAUGCCCUUUGUUGAUUAUUCAAGUCUAUCUUUGACGAACAUAAUUAUAACUGUUGAUAAAAGACAAUAAUUUUCUUUCGUAUUUGUGAUCGAGUAACUUAGUAAUACAUGAGAGUGAAUUAUAUGGGCAUCAAGCAUUAUUUAAAACAUAAAAAUGGCCCACUUCAAAAUGCCUUCAUUUUACAUAUCUUUAUUUUGGAUAACAUUGUGUGCAUCGAAACAAUUCAACGGAGAGUAUUCUAAUGGAAAAGGCGGUUCAAUGUCAGGCCCAUUUUCCAGUGGUUCCGGAACCGGAAGUGCAGGAUUUGGAGGGAAAAUGUCUAGAGAUAAUGGCAACAGCUUUGGUAGAAGCCCCUUUUCAAGCAUGUCAAGCGGUACUGACACAGGAGAAGCGAGAGGUCCUUUUGCAAGUGCUCAUAGCAACGGGAACGGUAUCGGAGGUAGUCCGUUUUCUGGUGCUGCUACUGGAAACGGUAAAAGUAAUGGCGCCAGUCCUUUCGCUUCGGCUUUGGCAAAUGGAGGUGGUGGUGGUAAUGGGGCCAGUCCGUUUUCAGGCGGAACGUCAGGAGAAGGUUCAAGUCCUUUCAAAGCAAACAUGGAUGGCAUUGGAAUGCCAGGUGUUGACCUAUCUACUUUAAUGAAAUCAGGCCCAGGAGGACUUAUAGGUGGCAACUUCCAAACCAGCAAUAACAGUAUGCUUAUUGGACACGACUUCUCUAAAGAUAUGAAUACUAACGGAGGUCAAUUUGGCGACAUGGGAUUAGAUCAUGGUCAAAGUGAAAACAAAAUCGCCAUUGAUAACUCGAGAUUCGACACCUCAGCAUAUCAACAAAUGCUUCAAGAUUUAUUUAGCACUGACAAUUCUGGACAGGGGAUGAAAGAUAUGGGUUCACCGUUUGAUGGAAACUCCUAUAACUACAACAACAACAAUGGAGGUGAUUAUAACACUGAUAAAGAAGCAAGCAUCGGUUCUUUUGCAUCAACUGACAUGUCAUAUAAUACUGGUAAUGGUGGUACAACCACCGGCAAUGAAAAUUCCAAGUUUCAAAAUUUACAGAAAGGUCAAAAUACAGGAAGCGGAAAUAGUUAUUCAAGCGGGUCAAACAUGGAGUCAUCGGGAUCAAAUUCGUUUUCAAAUCCUUUCGAUGUGCACAAUUAUGACACAGGCAACAGUUCACCAAACUCGGACGGAGCGACUGAACAUGGAUCGUUGUCUAAUAUGAAUGAUAAACAAAGUCCGUUCAGUAUUAAAAAUUCAGGAACUGGAAAUACACCAUUUUCUGUAAAUAGCAAUUCUGGUUCAACUUCCGGUAAUGGUGUUGGAAGCGGGUCAGGGCCUUUUGAUACUUCUAAAUUUGGAAUGUCAAACGGAAAUUCAAAUAAACAUUCUGACAUUGGACAAAACCCAUUCGAUACAAGCAAGUACCAAGCAAGUGGCGCAGUAAGUAGCAUGAUGGGAAAUCAAAACAUGGCAACCGGAAGUAAAAAUUACAAUACUGGACUUGACGCAUACGGAAAUGUGAAUUUUGGGACACUCUCGGCAGGGGCCGGAUAUAAUUCUAGGUCAGAAAGUCAAUACGAGACGCCGUUUGAAACGGACAACUACAACAAUCUGCUAGAUAACCCUUUCAAAUCAGACUCUUAUUUUGAUACAACUAAACAGAACUUCAAACUACCCUAUGAAACGGACAGUAAAAUACAGCAGAGCAGUUACAGCAAUUUAGGUUUAUCGUCUGCUGGUUAUAGUGGAGAUGGUUACACAGGAUCGGGUCCAGGGGGAGACCCGUUUCACCAGGGUGGACACUCCAUGGGAGGAUCGAGUUCUAUGAGAGGUUAACGGUCAGUUCAGCAGUGACCUGACGAAGAUAUUAUUUGCUGUAUUAUUCGAUUUCAUUAAUAAAUAAACGUAAUUAUUCCA